UCAUUUGCAGAGAAGAACAGAUAUGAGAGUGAGAGUGAGAGAUGAAACCAAGCGGAGAAGAAGAACGAGGUCAGCUCCGGGCCCACAAAAAUACCCACGUGAAGCUAAUCCUGACGUCACUCUCGGCCAUGGCUGCCGAGACCUCGACCUUCCCAAUCGACCUCACCAAGACCAGGCUUCAGCUCGACUCGAGCUCGAGAUCGACCACCAACGCGUUCCGAGUGGCCUCGGAGAUCGUUCGGGAGCAAGGUCCGCUAGGGCUUUACAAGGGCUUGUCCCCAGCGAUUCUCAGACACCUCCUCUACACUCCCAUUCGGAUCGUAGCUUACGAGAAUCUCCGGAAUGCGGUGGUCUCCGCUGACGGUGGCGGUGGUGGUGGUUCGCUUUCUCUCUCUGCUAAGGCUCUCGCCGGCGGUUUCUCCGGUGUCAUCGCUCAGGUAGUGGCAAGCCCUGCUGAUCUUGUUAAGGUGAGGAUGCAAGCAGAUGGCCGUUUGGUGAGCCAAGGUCUCCAACCUAGAUACUCAGGCCCUCUUGAUGCUUUAAACAAGAUUGUGUGCACAGAAGGUUUUGGAGGACUUUGGAAAGGAGUUUUCCCAAAUGUACAAAGAGCAUUUUUGGUGAAUAUGGGAGAAUUAGCGUGCUAUGAUCAUGCAAAACGUUUUGUUAUUCAAAAUCAAAUGGCUAAUGACAAUAUCUAUGCCCACACCUUGGCCUCUAUUAUGUCAGGUCUUUCAGCAACUACUUUGAGUUGUCCAGCUGAUGUAGUAAAGACAAGAAUGAUGAACCAGGCAGCAGGAAAAGAAGGGAAGAUUAUUUACAACAGUUCUUAUGAUUGUCUAGUGAAGACUGUUAGAAUUGAAGGAUUAAGAGCACUAUGGAAGGGGUUCUUUCCAACAUGGGCAAGGCUUGGUCCAUGGCAAUUUGUGUUUUGGGUCUCUUAUGAGAAACUCCGACAAAUUGCAGGUCUCUCUUCCUUCUGAUAAAUUAUUUGAUCAGCGCUCACCUUGCAACUGUUAAGAUCUCCUAAAUUAGAGCCAUUGAUAAGCACCUUUUCAAGCUUCAAAGAUGGCAAAUCAAUUACCCUCUUGCAUGCAAUGAUUCAUAUAUCUGUUGCAUUGGAUGGUUAUUAGCGUGAGUAAAAGAGUAACACACAUUAUAUCAGUGCUAUAGAAAAGCCUAGUCUUUUGCCCAUUUUAAACUAUUCUGAGUUUUGUUUCUCAGCAUGUAAUAAACAGUUAGCUGGUGACAACUGAUAUUAAGUGACAUUCAUGUAUUGAAGAUCAGAUUUGCAUGCAGACACCACCUUUUAGUGGCAGGUCCAUUUACUGAAUUGUAUUUGGAAAUUUUGCUUGGAAUGCUCAAAGGCAUUUUACAA